AUGCUCAACGUGUCCUCCUCAGCCAACCUCACCGACCUGGCGCUCGGCCCCGACCUCCCCACCAGCCCUUACAGUCUCGCGCAGAAGAUCGUCAUCGCCAUCGUCGCCAGCGUCCUCGCCGUCCUCACCGUCGUCGGCAACUCCAUGGUCAUGAUCAGCUUCAAGAUCGACAAGCAGCUGCAGACGAUUAGCAACUACUUCUUGUUCUCGCUGGCCGUCGCCGACUUCGCCGUUGGCCUCAUAUCCAUGCCUCUGUACACGAUGUUCACGAUAUAUGGAUACUGGCCGUUGGGCCCACACGUUUGUGAUACAUGGUUGGCGCUGGACUAUUUAGCGUCCAACGCGUCUGUACUGAACCUUCUCAUUAUAAGUUUUGAUAGGUAUUUUAGUGUGACGAGACCCUUGACGUAUAGGGCUAAGAGGACUACACGCCGUGCGACUGUUAUGAUUGGGGGUGCGUGGGGGUUUAGUUUGUUGCUAUGGCCCCCGUGGAUUUACGCUUGGCCGUAUAUAGACGGUGAGAGGAAGGUGCCUCCGCACGAGUGCUACAUACAGUUCAUAGAGACGAACCAGUUUAUUACGUUCGGGACAGCGAUUGCCGCAUUCUAUGUGCCAGUGACUGUUAUGUGUAUACUAUACUACAGAAUAUGGAGGGAGACGAAGAAACGGCAGAAGGAUCUGCCUAAUCUUCAGGGUGGGAAGAAGCAUGACUCUUCAAAGAGAUCUAAUUCAAGUGAUGAAACUCGAGAAGUGGAUGGGCGGACGCGAUCAGAGUCUGGCGAUGCUGACUCUGUAUACCACGUCCGAGGCGCGAUACAUGAGCAGCGGUGGAGAGACUAUCAGACAUCAGGUUUGUCACGCCGACAAAAACGCGGUUGGGGCGCAGUUCACGCGUGGUGCGUAGCAUGGUGGCACUCUGGAAGAGAAGACCUUGAAGACACUGAGCCUGAGGAAGAACCUUCGGACGCAGGGUACGCGACACCAGUGUCUGUAGAGACGCCGUUACAAAGUUCGGUGUCCAGGUGUACAUCAUUAAAUGUUAUCAGAGAUCCGUACGCACCUCGUGGCGGUUCAGGUGGAUCUGGAAAUACUGAUGGUGGUACAUCACCACUCCGCAGAACCUAUGAGCCACCACCAGGUAGCAUGCCGGCAGCACGCGAUAGUCGCUCUUUACCACCUAAUACAAGAAUAAAUACCACUACUUCACCAGCACCGAAAUCUGCUUCUGCUGAUUCAGUAUACACCAUUGUCAUUAGACUACCAGACGCAGAUACAGAUAGAGCAACAAUAAAGAUGAUAACAGAGGAAUCACCACCAUCAAACACUAGAACUCACUAUAGACCACCAACCAGAGGAGAUUCAGAAUUAAAUCUUCAUCCCGCCGGGCAUCCGGCAUUAACGAGAAGAGCAUCACACAUACAAGACGUUAGAAUACCUCUGAAUGCAAAAAUAAUCCCUAAACAAUUAGCAGGAAAGGGAAUAACAAAGCAGCCAAAGAAAAAGAAAACACAAGAGAAAAAACAAGAGACGAAAGCAGCAAAGACGCUCUCCGCCAUACUUCUAUCGUUUAUUAUAACAUGGACGCCUUAUAAUAUCCUUGUGCUCUUAAAACCUUUAACAGCAUGCACGAAGUGCAUUCCGGACGAAUUGUGGUCUUUCUUCUACGCGCUUUGUUACGUGAACUCGACCAUAAACCCCGUUUGUUAUGCGCUCUGUAACGCGACCUUUAGACGAACUUACGUUAGAAUUUUGACUUGUAAGUGGCAUAACAGAAAUAGGGAAGCUAUGACUAGAGGUGUGUACAACUAG